AUGGAUGAGCUGAAGAUGGCCUUUGUUGGUGCACUCGAACACUACAGAACAUCCAACAAAUUCCUUCCGUCGCACAUUAUUGUGUAUCGUGAUGGAGUGGAAGACGGCCAACUACACAGCGUGGUCAACUAUGAGGUCAAUAAGAUCACUGACUCCUUCAACUCCAUGGGACAAGGCUACAUGCCCAAUCUGAGUGUGGUAGUAGUGAACAAGCGCAUCAGCUGCAGGUUCUUUAAGCGCACAAAAAAAUCUAAGAAGCGAAUCAACCCACCUAUAGGGACUGUCGUUGACUCCAGAGUCACCCGUCCAGAAUGGAACAACUUCUAUCUUGUCAGCCAGGCUGCCGACAUCGGAAGCGUGUCUUCAACUCACUACAAUGUCGUUUAUGACCAGAGCGGACUAGAGCCUGAUGAUUUUCAGUUGCUCACCUUCAGGCUUUGCCAGUAUGCCCACAAAUUGGCCUUUCUUGUGGGUCAAAGCAUCCACAGGGAGCCCAACAUCAAGCUGGAUAAACUCUUCUAUUUGUAA